AUGGCAGACGAAAUGGUGGGUGGAGCUUUCCUCUCCGUUUCCCUUAAAGAGCUGUGUCGUGGUAUCCAUUGGAUGGCACACUUGCUUAGUCGAAAAGAAGUCAACGACGGGCUGGUGAACAAGUUGGAGAUCAUGUUAUCCUCAGUAAGUGGAGUGCUGAAUGCUGCUGAGUCCAAACAAAUUACUGACCCUCAAGCCCAGAUUGCAGUUGCAGAGCCUCACUGGAGAUCCUUGACCAAAACCGAUAUCUAUGGAAGGGAUUCUGAUAAGGAAGCUAUUAUUAAGUUGUUGUUAUCUGAUGGUGAAGGAGGAGGUGAAAGUAAAAUAUCUGUGAUUCCCAUCGUGGGCAUGGGUGGGAUUGGAAAGACCACCCUUGUUCAGCUUGUUUACAAUGAUAUUGACAAUGUUAUCAUGGAAAAAAGUUUCGAUAUCAAAGCAUGGAUUAUGGUUUCGGAUGAAUCUGAUGUGUUUGCAUUAACAAAAAAUAUUUAUGAGAAAGUCACCAAUUCGAAGAAUUGCCCUGUAGAAGAGACAUUCCAACUUCAACUCGAAUUGAGCAAGUUUUUGGAAAACAAAAAGUUUCUCAUUGUUCUUGAUAACGUUUGGAGCUUGAAUUCUCAAAGUUGGCAUGAGUUAAAGAGUCCAUUUGAAUCUGCAGCGAAUGGGAGUAAGAUUCUUGUGACUACACGCAACGAGAAUAUUGCAUCCGGGAUGGGGAGUGUCCCAAACCAUUUCCUCCAAUUACUAUCAGAGGAAGAUUGUUGGAAGUUAUUUUCAAAACGUGCCAUCAAUAAAGUAGAUCCAAGUUCACAUCCAAAUUAUAUUCUGGGGCCAAAUACAAAGCCUUUUGGAAAUCAUUUCUUCUUGGUUGUUGUAAUUGGCAAUCCACACUCAUUUUGCAAUCUAUCUUCAUCUCUCUAG